GCAAAGUAAAGAUAAUUCUUAUAUAACCUUACCUUAACUAGGUUCUGUUGAACAGUGCAAGUUAUCAUUAAUGAACGUUGUGCUAUUUAGCAUCGAUCCUGAUAGAUCGUGUUCUCAACUGUUUUCGAUUUCAGACACCACUACGUCAAGGGUCAUCUGGACUUAAUGAUCGGACAGUGUCGUUAUAUAUAGGGGCUUUUCGACCAAAUAGACUUUCUCCCAGGUAAUGUCGAUGACCACAAAGGGUAGCCUACGUGGUAGUCUGGCUCAACAAGAGUUGGUACAACGACAUACUUUCGUACAACAUUUUGCUAUUAGCUAUUUCAUGUACUUAGUGUACCGAGGAAGGUCCUUCCUUGAAAGGUCUGAUGCCUCGUUUCUCUUUUCCAAGCUAUGUGGAACGCUAAAGUAGGUUAUCUUGAACCUUGUAUCAUUGGCAACACAAAGUUUUUACCAUUCUGAUUGGUAAGGUGUGCGAUAGGAAAACCUGUUUCGUUACCUGCAGUACUGCGAGACGUUGUAUCCUUGCCCAAUGUUUUAAAUGCCGAAGGAAAUGAUACGCAGGAAACAGUUUCUCAAACUUGCUGUAUGGUGAAUGAUUUACAAGAAAUGAAUGGAAAGAAACUGGAUACAGCAAAACAUACCAAUGUUGCCCUAUUAUUUCGCAUCAUGAAAACCGGAAAAAAAAUUCUGAAGAAAUCAUUUCAAACUAUAUAAGGCGGUAUUUCUUGGAUGGGUCUGUCAGGAAAAUUGAGAGCAUCUAGAGAAAAUGCGGGCGAAGGCUGCACGCGAUUAAACUUUGGAACCCUUGGUUUAUCGCAAUUGCGACAAUUCCGGUCCGCAUCCAGCGCUGCUCUGGACACGCGAUGGAAGAAAAUUACCGGGUUCUUUGGGAAUGAUGAUUUCUAUCUGUAUGUCUGUGGAAUCGUCUUGUCCAUCCAGAUUCCUUUCUGGAGUGGUGGGUUGCUCUUCAUGUUCCUGGAUUAUUAUAACUGGCCUAGAUGGACUCGAAAAUACAAGCUUCAGCCGGGAACUCAUGAACCCGUUGAUUUAAAUAGACUUAAAGAGACUAUUAAGGUGGUGCUGAUCAAUCAGUGGUCCGUUUCUGUCCCUAUCCUGAUAUUCAGCUAUUUCUUGAAGAAAAUUACUAAUACUAUGCCAGUUUUCCAUGAGUUGCCCAGUCUGCAGCGUUUUUUCAUUGAUUUUCUCAUCUUUAUCAUAGUCGAUGAGAUUGGACUCUAUUACGUACAUAGAUUGAUGCACCAUCCGAAAUUGUACGCAAGGGUACACAAAAAACAUCAUGAAUGGCCUGCACCCAUCGCCAUCACUUUUGUUUAUAGCACAAGGAUGGAAUUUAUUCUAAAUAUGAUACCAGUUGUGCUAGGUCCGAUGCUUACGAAUCCACAUUUAUUCACCUUGUGGGCGUGGUACGCCUUCGUUCACCUGAGAGGCCUGAAAAAUCACAGCGGCUACGAUAUUCCAGGGUUAACAAGUUCGGAGGAGCAUAACUAUCAUCACAUGAUGAGCAAUGCAUGUUUUAGUCGAUCACCUGUCCUGGACUGGCUACAUGGAACGGAUAAGGGUUUCCGUGCUUACAUGGCUCGCAAGGAAUUGGAGAAGAAGGAUAAAUAGGAUAUUUUGUAGUGAGUGUUCAUCGAAAUGUAACUUAAUUUUCGUCGUGAAAAGGGUCUCAAUGAUAUGGUUUUCACUCGUUUGUACAUUGCCCAAAAAACCGGUUGUAUGCCGUGACAUUCACUUUUGCUGCCAUUGAGCUUUGAAAUCUCAAUUUUGGCGACCAAUGAAAUAUUCAGUUUAGCGAAACGGUGUUUCGCCAUUUUACCAUGUUGCAAGUUGCAAAAUAUCUCACCAUGUGGGGCGUUGUUAAUACAUAUUUUUUUUUACAUUGA